CUUGGCUGUGAAAGGCUGUCUCGGAGGUUGCCUGUGUGGAAAUAACCCGCAUUAAAUGUGGUUCGUUUAGCUUGUACUAGCUUGGCCAUGUAAACAGACAAUAAAGUGUGUCUUUCUUUGAACAAUUCUGGUAAUAUCUGACGCGGGACAAGUCGCACAGCUAUUUGCUGUGUGCUGUUAAACUUUAACAUGGCGUGAAAAAGUCAGAGUGGACUCUGGGUUAUUUCAACCAAUGUUUUUCUCAAUUUUGGGAUCAUCUGUAAAGAGUAUUGCCUCACUGCCUGUUUGGACUCUGAAACUGCACAACAGGAUGUCCAACUGCGGCCGGCCACUAGCUGCAGUGUGUCAGCUGAACUCCACUCCAGACAAGAAGGCCAACCUAUGUGCUGCCAAAGAGCUGCUGGAAGAGGCGGCGCAGCGAGGCGCCAGCGUUGCGUUCCUACCCGAGGCCUUCGACUACAUUGGCUCUUGUCAGGAGGAGACCCUGGCGCUGUCGGAGAGCCUUGAAGGGCACACAAUGACGCAGUACUGUCAGAUGGCCAGGAAAUUGAACAUCUGGUUGUCUCUGGGGGGCUUCCAUGAGCGAGGACCAGCCUGGGAUGUUGAUCAGCGAACAUACAACAGCCAUGUCGUUAUCAACAACAAAGGUCAGAUUGUUUCCAUAUACAGAAAGUCUCACCUGUUCGAUGUGGAGCUUCCUGAAAAGGGCGUCUCGAUGAAAGAAAGUGCUUUCACUAUCCCAGGACCUACGCUGGUGUCUCCGGUCCAAACUCCUGUUGGAAAGGUUGGUUUGGGAGUCUGCUAUGAUUUAAGAUUCCCUGAGCUCUCACUGGCGUUGCAAAAGAAUGGCGCUGAGAUACUGACGUUCCCAUCAGCCUUCACUGAGUUCACAGGACCUGCUCACUGGGAGGUACUGCUACGCGCGAGAGCCAUCGAGAACCAGUGCUACGUCCUGGCGGCGGCGCAGGUUGGCCGGCACCAUGACAGCCGCUCGUCCUACGGCCACACCCUGGCUGUGGAUCCCUGGGGCGUGGUGAUGGGUGACUGUGGAGGGGAGAAAGCAGGGAUGCUGCUGGUAGAGGUGGAUCUGGACAAGAUGAGCAGCAUCCGUACAAAUAUGCCACUCCAAAAGCACCGCAGAGACGAGAACUUUUACACCAAAUUUUCUGAUGACUGAUGAAAUUAUAGAGCCUCAUGACUUUGGGUAAUAAAGAGUAGGAACAUAA